AUGCAGGGACACAUUUUCGUUGCCUGUGUUACAAAUAAAGAUGCUUCUUCACCUUGUGCACUGUUAGCUGUAUUUUGGAACAUACGGUAUGGGUCAUACCAUACCAUACCAAGAGCUUGGGAUAUGAAAGUACUGUAUGGUAUAAUUCAAUGCAGUUACCACUCUCAGUGUCGAUACAAAAACAAAAAAUAUCAGGACAAGUCCCAAAAUAGAAACAAAGAAGUAGAAAGAGACCAAAAUAAAUAUCUUAGACUCUUCCCCAGAUCCAUCCAUCACCCUGAACAACCCCUAAAUUCGAAAAACUACGAGCUCCAAAACCUCCCCAAGCUGAGAAAUUUUCGAUCAUUCAGCUUCAGCAAGCUACAGAAAUGGAAACCAUCUCCGUCUGAUGAUGCAAAGUAUAUGGUUGCUGCUAAACGCUUAGAGGAGGGUCUUUUUAGACUUGCUUCGACAAAGGAGGACUACUUGGACCCUUCAACACUUGAAUCUCGCUUGACAAGCUUAAUAAAAGCCAGAAAACCAAAUAACUACAAUCAGAUUCAGCAAAAUGCUAACUCUUCUUCGCUUGGAACAACAACCACUCCCGAAGUUUCUAUCGAGACCGCGAUGGACAAAGAGAAGAAGCUUGUUGAGAACGGAGAUCAAUGGGAGACAGAGAUUGCAGAGUAUCUCAACUCGCUGAGCCUUUAA